AUGCUGAAAUCAAAUGACUGUUUGUUUUCUUUGGACAAUUAUUUUCUUGAAAAACCUGAAAUUGAAAACUCUCCAGACAAUGAAGAAUCAUCAGAUUGGUUUCUUCCACCUGCUCCAUUGAUUUCAGAAAUUCCAGCUACUCAAGUUUUAGAGAAAGAAAUAGAAAGCUAUAUGCUGUUAGGCCAAGAAAAGAGACCCACAAAGUUAACAUCAAAUUUAAAGAUAAUGGCUGAAGACACAAAUUCUUUUUCACCAAAACAAAACUUCCAGUUUGCCUUCCACUCCAAUAAGUAUGAAGAAGAUAAUCUUAAUGUAGGAGGGUCAGGAAACAAUGGCCUAGCACAUGCUGCUGGCAAGCUGACCUAUGCUGCUUCUCAGAAAAGCAAAAGUUAUAUUGACACUGAAAUAAUAUCUGAGAAAAAUAUCCUUUAUGAUGCAAAAUUAUUUAACUUUGCAGAUGAUAAUGGAGAAAGCACAUCAGCCUUCCGAAAAAGAUUAUUUAAAAUAUCUGACAGUAUACAUGAGAAUGCAAAUUUGAAUUUUCACAUUGAUGCAAUGAACACUAUCCAAACAUCAGUGAACAAAGGGAAAUCAUGGAACAUUAAUAAUGGGAAACAGGCACAACAGUUUUCAGACAUUGACCUACUUACAGCAAAUAAUGCUUUUUCUGCAUCUGAAACCAGAGAAGGAAUAUUUGGAGCACCUUCUUUUCCAGUUACAUCCCACAGUCAUGACGCUCAAGGUAUUAGUGGAGAAGAUUUAGGUUCUUUGAAGGCUAUCACCGAAAUCCCGGCAAAAUUUAGAAGUAUUUUCAAAGAGUUCCCGUAUUUCAACUAUAUACAAACCAAGGCAUUUGAUGAUCUUCUUUACACAGAUAGAAAUUUUGUAAUUUGUGCUCCAACUGGUUCUGGGAAAACUGUACUGUUUGAACUAGCUAUAACCAGAUUGCUGAUGGAAGUCCCAUUGCCAUGGUUGAAUAUUAAAAUUGUUUACAUGGCACCAAUAAAAGCAUUGUGUCAUCAGCGUUUUGAUGACUGGAAAGAAAAAUUUGGACCAAUAGGAUUGAAUUGUAAGGAGCUCACUGGAGACACCAUCAUGGAUGAUCUGUUUGAGAUUCAACAUGCCCAUAUUAUUAUGACAACUCCAAUUGCAGAGUGGCUUUCCAAUGGAGAGAGACCUGCUGUAUGUCUGAAGAUGGAUGAGAAUCACAGACCAGUGAAACUUCGAAAAGUGGUCCUUGGAUUUCCCUGUAGUAAUAACCAAACUGAGUUUAAGUUUGACUUAACUCUCAAUUACAAAAUUGCCAGUGUUAUACAAACAUACUCUGAUCAGAAACCUACACUUGUGUUUUGUGCAACAAGGAAGGGUGUGCAACAAGCUGCUUCUAUUCUUGUGAAAGAUGCUAAAUUUAUGAUGACAAUAGAACAGAAACAGAGGAUACACAAGUGUGCAAAUUCUAUAAAAGAAUCAAAACUGAGAGAUAUCUUCAUAGAAGGUAUUGCCUAUCAUCAUGCUGGUAUGGAAUUAUCAGAUAGAAAAAUAGUUGAAGGAGCUUUUACUGUUGGAGAUAUUCCAGUUCUUUUUACUACCAGUACUUUAGCUAUGGGAGUAAAUUUGCCUGCUCAUCUGGUAAUUAUAAAGUCAACAAUGCAUUAUGUUGGAGGAAUGUUUGAAGAAUACAGUGAAACAGAUAUUCUACAGAUGAUUGGCAGAGCUGGUCGGCCUCAAUUUGACAGUACAGCUACUGCAGUUAUUAUGACUCGACUAAGUACAAGAGAGAAGUAUGUUCAGAUGUUAGCUUGUAGUGACACUGUAGAAAGCAGUUUGCACAGACAUCUUAUUGAACAUUUAAAUGCAGAAAUAGUAUUGCAUACCAUCACAGAUGUGAAUAUUGCUUUGGAAUGGAUACGAUCAACAUUGCUUUAUAUCAGAGCCUUGAAAAAUCCAUCUCAUUAUGGCUUUGCAUGUGGAUUGAACAAAGAAGGAAUUGAAGCAAAAUUACAAGAAUUAUGUUUGAAGAAUUUAAAUGAUUUAUCAUCUCUAAAUCUGAUAAAGAUGGAUGAAGAUGUUCAUUUCAAACCAACUGGUAAUUUUUUCAUCACUAUUAGGAAAAUAUGCCUAGUUAGUUAGACUAAUGCUAAAAUUUUUUAGGUCACAAUGAUAGCCAGCUGCAAGGAAUUUGCAGAUGUCCAGUUAAGGAUAAAUGAAAAGAAAACACUGAAUACUUUAAAUAAAGAUCCACAUCGAGUAACUAUCAGAUUUCCAAUGAAAGGAAAAAUUAAGACAAGAGAAAUGAAAGUCAAUUGUCUUAUUCAAGCUCAGCUAGGAUGCAUUCCCAUGCAAGACUUUGCUUUAACACAGGAUACAGCAAAGAUUUUCAGAAAUGGCUCAAGAAUUACAAGAUGGUUGUCAGAUUUUGUGGCUGCUCAAGAGAAGAAUUUUGCCGUACUACUUAACAGUUUGAUUUUAGCUAAAUGUUUUCGGUGUAAACUUUGGGAAAACUCUCUGCAUGUAUCCAAACAGCUGGAAAAAAUUGGCAUAACAUUAUCAAAUGCAAUGGUAAAUGCAGGUUUGACAUCCUUUAAAAAAAUAGAAGAAACAAAUGCAAGAGAACUUGAACUGAUUUUAAAUAGACACCCUCCUUUUGGAACUCAGAUCAAAGAAACUGUGAUGCAUCUACCAAAAUAUGAACUUAAAGUGGAACAGGUUGCAAGAUACAGUGAUGCCAUUGCAGAAAUAUUAGUAACUAUAAUUUUAAGAAACUUUCAACACCUACAAAUCAAAAGAACAGCACCAGAUUUUCACUAUGUUAGCUUAAUAAUAGGCGAUGCAAAUAAUCAAGUGGUGUUUAAGCACAAGAUCAUGGAUUCUAUUCUACUAAAAGCUGGAAAUUGGACAAAAAAGAUCCAUGUGAAGAGAAUUCUAGAAUCUGAAGAUCUUAAUAUAAAUCUAAUUAGUUCUGAAUAUGUUGGACUUGAUAUUCAGCAAAAAUUUACAGUCUUUUACUCAGGACCCAUGAAGUUUAAAAAUCAAAUAAUGAUGCAAAGGAAAUCAGAAACAGAGCUUUCCAAUUCUGAACAUUUGGAUAGAUCUGUAGUAGGACCCAGUAAAGGAAUGACUACCUGUAAAAAACUGGGGAACCGAGAUUGUAAUCAUCACUGUAAAAAUAAAAAGACCUGUGGACAUGACUGCUGUAAAAUUGGAGUUGCACAGAAGUCAGAAAUUAAAGAGUCAAAAAUUUCUUCGUAUAUAUCUGAUUUAAGAAACAGAAAUGCUGUUUCAUCACUUCCUCCAGUUAAACGUCUCAAGAUGCAGAUGAAUAAACUUCAAAGUGUGGACCUUGAAAAUUUUAAUUUUUCUCCAAGAUCCUCCCUUCCCAGUGUAUCAAGGUUACAAUAUCCAAACAUGCUUAAAUCACCUAUAAAGGAACAGUGGAAUAAGUAUGAAUCCUGCGGAAAACUUCACUUACAAGAACCAACAGAACAUCAAAACCAAGAUAUUUUUAAUGUAAAUUUUGAAUUGGGAAAUGAAGUAUGGGAAGAUUUUGAUGAUGAAAAUUUGAUAGAAAUUACUAACUUUUUAAAUGAAACUUGUGAGACAAAAACAUCAGGAUUUGGAAACAUUUUGAGUUCAAGCUCCAAGGUAUAUGAGCCAACCCUCCAAGAUUCAAAGAAUCAGUUCCAAAGAGAAAAUUCAAAAAGGUUUGCCUCAUCAUAUGAGGAACAUGAUAUUUACUUGCCAGAUUCUGAUACUUCCAAGUUCAGUGCAUCCUCCAUGGUGAAGUUACUUCAACAAACUGGAGAUGAAAAUACUGUCCACUCACAAGAAGAGAAUCAACAAGGUCUUUCCCCAGAAAUCAAAAUGUUAUACUUCCCUCGCUCUGGAACAAAAUCAAAUUCUUCAAAUUUUGUCAAGAAAGCAGAUUUUUUUAUUAGAAACUGUGAAUGUCAAAAGGAAAUUGAUUUCAGUGUGUAUAAUCCUAAAGAUACAACUGAAGAAAUGAAGUCUUCCCUGGGAAUAUUUGAUGACAUUGUCUAA